UGUUCGCUCUGUUCUGUGAUCAUGGCUGCACUGGACCACACCAGCCAUGUUUGCUAAUUUAAAACCCAAAGGUUAGGGAAUAGUUGUUUAUUAUUUAUCGCCGUGCCAUCUUCACCCGCACACCCGUUAAGACGGAGGUUUAGAGGCUUCUGCGCCUUCGGAAUCCAAGGACCGAAAGAUGGAUUCAAAUAACCAUUUCAACUAUGGCACCCACUCCUCAGCAAACUCAGGACUGAAACUCUCCUCAGGGGAUUCUCUUUAUACUAACGGGUCCUCCAUGAGUUUUCCUCAGCAGGGGAAGAAUAUGAAUGGCGAAAUGAAUGUGAAUGGCGUCUCUACUGUACUUGGGUCCAGUGUGCCUGGUUCCCACCCACCAUCAGCUCCUUACCCACACAUGAGCAACCACCACCAGAGCAGCAUGGGCUACGACUACUUGUGGGGAGGGCACCCUCAGUAUGGGCCAGGCAUGAGCACCUCUCCCGGGCACGGGAUGCACCAGAAGCAGCCUGCACCCGGGAUGGUGCAGCCUCAGUCACAGCACCACUUCCAGGGUCACGGACAGUACCAACUGAACGGGGGUAUCGAAAGCUCCCACCAGCCCCCUGUGGCAGGCUCAGCAAACAUGCCUCUUACUGGGAAUCAGUACUGGAACAGGAGUAACCCUGGUCCGCAACAGAUAGGUUAUAACUCCCACAGCAUGUACGGGACCUACCAGGGUCAGGCACAUCCUGGGAUUACACCGUCACAGCAUCACCAGCAGCAGUCCUUACAGCCUCCCCCUCAUCAACCGUCACAGCAGCACCUCCACUCCCACCGUCAUCCACACCAUCACCACCAGCAGCACCAGCAACCACAGCAUUAUGGCAUGAUGCCUAAUGGGAUGCCCUACUACCAGCAUCAGGCCCAGCACCCGUCCCUGCCGUCACCCCAGCAACAGCCACCACAGCAGUCUCAGCCCCAAACCCAGGCUCAGAUGAUGCCCCCAACAUCCCAGAAUUUUACUCCUCCACGUGGCAGCCCACAGCACCACAGCUUAGGCAGAGGGAGCUCCGGCAGCCCUCUUCCUGUGGGGGUGUCCUCAGCACCAACAGCGCAGGACAGUGGAUCACCCAAGGGCCACACCAGGGAACAGAGCCCUCAAGCGACCAAUGUGGGGAUGUCUUCACCAAUGCAAGGGCAAACUCGGGAAGCUGUCAAAGAGGUAGACACAAGUUAUAAUGGCAGUGAAAGGGCAACCGUUGCCCAGAGGCUACCCAAGAUUGACAGUUACCAACCCAAACCUUCUGCUGCUCAUGCGGGGCCUUCGAGUGAAUACCGUCAGCAUUCUGAUAAGCCGGCAGCUCAGCGUCCAGAAAUGGCUUCCCCCGUCAAAGAUCCUGCCGUUAACCCAGCUCCCCAGUCUGUGUCAUCAAAUGCAGCUGCGUCAGUGUCUCUAACCAAGGCCUCAACACCACCUCGGGUCUCUGCAGCUCCCACAUCUGCGCCUGGACCCCCUACAGUUCCAUCCCUUGAUGUAGAAUCUACUCCACCACAAAUCUCAACACCUCCCUUUGCUCCAUCUCCAGCUGCUUCUCCCAGACUUUCCUCCCCUCCCCCAAUGGUGCAAGGCCUCAGGCCUCCCACUUCUGUUGCGACUGAGACGUCUCCUGCCGUAUCUAAGCAUCUGUCAGCAGGAUCCUCCUCCCCCCUGCCUGCAUCUCCUUCAAAGUUGUCUACACCUCUUGCUUCGACUGAUAGUGCAUCUAGACCUGCAGCAGAUUCUUCAGGGCCUCCAGCCUCUUCUUCGUCAGGGUCUGUGGUUCAUCAGACAAAGUCAGCAUUGCCUCCUACAGCUUCUGGACCUCCAACAACGGUGUCCAAGUCUUCUUCAUCUCUGGAGAUGAAAGAGUCCAUGCCACCUUUGAUGACACCCCACUUCACUGAUCCAUCUGGAGGUCAACAUGAAAAGCCUGGACCUCCAAAACUGAUUCCUGCUACUCUGUCUGUCGGUCCAAAUUCCUCAUCUCCUGUCGUGGCUCCAUCUCAGAUGUCAAUAUCUGGACCGUCAUCCUCAACAUCACUUGGCACUUGUUUAUCAAAAACUUCCUCAGUUGGCAGUAAGCUUUGUGAACCAGCACCCCAGUGUCAGACAUACACUCCUGCAGCUGUUGAUUCGAGUCUUUCUACGACUUCUGCAGCAUCAUCACCACCAGGGGGGGUGAACUUACCCUCCCUAGCAGCCCAUGAUAGUCCUUCAGUCCGACCUCUGUCUACCCUACCUCUUCUAACCACUCAAGCCUCCAGGACUGCACCUGUGUCCAGCCCUCCUGCCUUGGUGUCUGUGCCUCCUGCAAAGGGUACGUCUUCUGGAGCAGUCCAAAGUUCUGACUCUGAGCGGCAUCCGUCAAACACCACUCUUCCUCGUGUACUAAAGCAGUCGUCUCCCAAGUCAGAGCACCAUGGUCACAGUGAGGACAGGAAAGUGUCGGUUACUAAAAGAAAUGAAAAACCAGAGGAUCACCUCCCUCAGCUUGACUCAGGCGGGAAAAGGUCAUCACAGGUGGAAGAAAAUGAGACUAAUAGAUCUGAAAUUCGCUCACACAAAUCCCUCACUGAUCUCCCCGGGAAACCUUUACGGACCACAGUUUCUCCUGAUCAAAAGUCCAAGAAUAAACAAACAGAUUCUGAAAAGCACCACAUGCAACGCAGUGUCACCUUGGAGGCAGAGGACUCGACGAUGAAGCAAACUCCACUCAGAAAGUCCUCACAGCUCAACAGCUCAAAGGUAGAACAUCUGACAGAUGAACAAAGUUUUGAUAACUCUUCACAUGCUGCCUCUCAAUACGAUGGCAGUUCAACAUGUGACACCCCCUCGCGGCUCGAUGUGAGCUCUGUCUUAGAAAAGACCUCUUAUUUAGCCGGCUCCAGCUCAUACGCAGAUGACUCCACUCACUUUGAUGACAGCUUUCUCCGGAGAAAGGACAAUUCUCAGUUUGACAGCACUUCCCAAGCUGAAGAGGAACCAUCUACUACAUUUGACACCACUAGAGACAGCAGCUUUUCUGUGGAGGACUCCAGAGAUGACACAUUGGACUCUACCAGGGAAGGGGAAGCCUCUGACGCAGAAGAGACCAGGAACAGUUGCCAAAUUACAGGAGAAUCCACGUUGGAGUCUUCUCUAAACAACAGCUCUCAGGUUGAAGAGCUGCCCGUCGACUCAAGUGAUGUGACUCAGCCAGGACAUCGAGGACCUGAAGUCGAGUGGGAGCCCAGAGGACAUGAUACACCAGACUCAGCCGGACGCAUUAAUAUUAAGACCACUGCUAAUGAGACAAUGACACCCCCAAGUUUCAAGAUGAGAGAUGAGAACUUCAUCGCGUUCAGUACCCCAGCAGAGAGCCCCGCUGUACACCCACUCCAACCAGUAACUGAUCAGACUGUGUCCGCCGCUGGAGGACUUCUGAAAACCCCAGGGAAACCACGCAAACCUCAAGCUCCAAAGGCAAUAUGGAUUAAAACCACAGCACCUGAGGGGGUCCAGCGGAAGUCUCGGGUUCGGAUCCCAAAAGCAGAGAAGACAAAGGCUGAUGAAGAGGAAGGUCCUAAAGAGGAGGCACCUAAAGGCAGGAAGAGGAAGAAGCCUCUCAAGGUCGAUGUCAAUGAAACAUCUGGGGAGGCUGGGCCUCUCACAGAAGAGGUUGAUCCAAUAAUGGCAACAAUUGAAGCUGUUCUGGCCAACGCUUCGGCUAUCAGCACAGCAGCCGAGAAACCCAAGAAGGCGAAAAGGGUUAGGAAACAAGACCAAGAAGGAAACGUGGGCAAAACACAAAAACAAGGUGCCGAAACGACUGCUGACAAUGCUGAUGAAAAUGAUGACGACAGUUCCACUGCAGGUGAAUCUAACAGACGAAGGGUUGCGACGGAGGACCAGGUCCAGUUCCCUCUGCAGCACGGUUGGAGGAGGGAGAUUCGUGUGAAGAAAUUGGAGAACCGCAUGAAGGGUGAAACCUGGUACUACACCCCUUGUGGAAGGAGGAUGAAGCAGUUUCCAGAAAUAAUCAAGUACUUGAAGAGACACACAGACAGUGUGGUCACCAGAGAACACUUCAGUUUCAGCCCACGGAUGCCUGUUGGAGACUUCUAUGAAGAGAGAGACACUUCAGAGGGUAUGAAGUGGGUCCUCUUGGCUAAUGAGGAGGUUCCCUCUAUGAUCAUGGCUAUCACUGGACGGCGUGGUCGACCACCAAACCCUGAUAAAGAAAAACCUCGCAGGGUUCGUGGUGUGAGAGGACAGGCCCGCCGCCCUGGUAGACCUCCAAAACCCAAGAUGAUUGAUCUCCUUAGCAAAGUUGACGCUAAGCUGCUGAAGCGUCUUGAGGCCAAGGAAGCCCUCACGGAGGAGGAAAAGGAGAAACUAGCAAAAAUCAAAAAGAAAAUGAAGAGAAAGGCAAGAAUGAAGAGAAGGGAGGAUGCAAAGAUUAAGAAGAUGAAAGAGGAAAAGAAGAGAGCCAAGCUUGAGCAAGAAGCCAGAAACCUCGAGUUGAAGGCUGAACCAACAGACCCGACAGCCCCGCAGGCUGCACAGCCUGCAUCGGAAUCUGCUGCAGAGCCCAAGAAGCCUGGCCGCAGGAGGUCAGUCAAGGUUGAGGCCCCGCCACCAAUACAGCAGACAGAUGGGGAGAGGAUAGCCCAGGGUAAGAGGGUGCUGGGUGCUCGGAGUAAAGCUAAGGCCCUGGCUAAAGCUCAGGCUGAGGCAGAGGCAGCAGCUCAGGCUGCUCUGGCAGCUAAAAGGGCAGCAGAGCGAAGAGCACAGGCCCAGAGACGUCUGGAGGAGCGAAAGAGGCAGCAGUUGAUCGCAGAAGAGCUGAAGAAGCCCACAGAGGACAUGUGUCUCACUGACCACAAGCCCCUGCCAGAGCUGUCACGUAUACCUGGUGUGGUCCUCUCUGGAAAAGCUUUCGCACACUGCCUGACUCUCGUUGAGUUCCUGCAUGGUUAUGGGAAGGUCAUCGGUCUCAAUAUACCCAAGGACAUCCCUAGCCUUGCUACUCUGCAGGAAGGCCUCCUCGGCCUUGGUGAAAGCCAAGGAGAAGUCCAGGACCUACUGGUGAAGCUGAUGGAGGCUGCGCUGCAUGAUCCUGGCCUGCCGCCGUAUUAUCAGUCUGUAAAGAUCCUUGGGGAUAAGCUGGUUGAGUUGGAGCUGAACCGCAGCACAGUUUCAGAAGUACUCCGCAUCUUUUUGGAGUCUCAUGGUUAUGAGACAGAGGUUUGCAACACUUUAAGGACCAAAACAUUUCACGCCCUGCCUCCUGACACCAAGGCGGCCAUCCUGGGUUUCGUUGUAGAAGAACUGAACAGCAGCAACAUUGUGACUAGUGACAUUGACAACACAUUGGAAAACAUGGCAACCUACAGGAAGAACAAGUGGAUCAUUGAGGGGAAACUGCGCAAACUGAAGGCGGCGCUAGCACGUAGAACAGGACGCUCAGAGGAAGAGCUGUGCUUUGAGGAGAGGCGGCGCAGCGCCAGAGUAGCCGAGGAGGAGAACCUCAGUCUGGAGGAGAGUGGUCUAGUCCUGGAGAGAGGAAACCGUCGGGCACGCAAAGAAGAGCCCAAACUCAGUGAUAGUGAGAGCCCUACUAAUGCCAGCAUUCCAGAGCUUGAAAGGCAGAUAGAUAAGCUAACCAAGCGCCAAGCGUUUUUCCGUAAAAAGCUGCUACAGUCGUCUCAUUCCAUGCGGGCCACACUGCUGGGUCAGGACCGUUACCGACGUAGAUACUUGGCCCUACCUCACCUCGGAGGAGUUCUGGUUGAGGGACCUGAAGAGCUGCUGACUUCAGGAGAUGUCCUUGUAGCUGAGGUGCCUGUUACUUUCCUCAAAAAGGAGCCUAAAGUUGAGGAGGCUCCCAUGCCGACCACUCCUCCUCCUACUCUACCUUCCUCUCCUUCUGCCACUGCGGGCCAGGCCCAGGCCCUGUCUCCAGAGGAGGACCCUCUUCCCGGCACUGCGUCCCUCAUGAGCAGGCCAAGAGGACGCGGGCGCCCACGAAAAAUCAAACCCGAAGUCGAGCUUCACCUCCGUACAGCAAAGAUCCGCCGCCGGCGUCGAAGUAGCGUCAGGUCUGGGGGUGACGACGGGCCGGGAUCACCCAACAGCGGCACGCAAGACCUCACGCAAGCAGCUUUCCAGAGCUGGCUCAGCCAAUCCCAGGAAGGAGUCACCAAUGGCACGUGCUCAGCGGCAGGAGAUGCUCCAGAGGGUAAUCGACCAGAGGAGAGCGUGAAAGAAAUGGCGGAGAAACAAGGCCAGUGGUUCAACCUGCUCCCCAAACAACCGUGUGACGAUAACUCUCUGACUGAACCCCAGAUGCCCAAAUCACCCAGCUCACCCCCGAAGCUUCUCCCUCAGCUCCCAAGUGGUCUGGCCACACUCGCUGCUCCACUUAUGCAGUUGGACUCGCUCUUGCCUGGCUUGACUCCUGCUGACCCUGUGACCUCAGCAACACAACAGGACGUUCCCCCUACUGCUUGUGCUCCACUGACAAUCCCUCAGCUCGUUCCAGCUCCCAUUGCUCCUGCUCCGGCUGCUCCCGCCGCCCCCGCCAGGCCAGUUCGUAGGCGGAGGAGAGGCAGCAGAGGCAGUAGUCCUGCCCGUAGAGGGCCACGAGGAGCUGCAGCUAAACGCCGCGGUCGCCCACCCAACUCCGUUUUCCAAGAACUCGAGCAACAGUACUUCACACAACUGGUGGUCAAACCCAUACCAGCUUCAAUGGUACGUGGCUGGUGGUGGAUCAAGGAGCCAGAGGAACUGUACAACACCUUACAGGCCCUUCAUCCAAGGGGCAUCAGGGAGAAGGUGCUCCAUAAGCAUUUGGCCAAACACAUGGAGAGCUUAGCUGAGAUGUGCACCAAACCUGUCGACGACCCAGUAUUUGAGUUGAAGGUAGAGGAGAAGGAUGUGCUGCUGGAGGCUUUGCAGCAGCCUUGGCAGGUGCAGGAGAGAGCAAUGGAGUCGGACAUCAGCGCCCUACAGUGGGUGGAGGACCUGGAGCAGAGGGUCAUUGCCUCUGACCUCCAUUUGAAGGCGCCUCCUCAGAGUGCAAUGAGUGAUGCUGAAACAAGCCCAGACACAACAAUGGCAGAAUUUCAGCCGUACACAAUCCCAGAUCCAGACUCCACCCGUGAUGACCUUCAGUACUACGAACACGACGCUGAUCCACGUGAUGACUGGAUUGUGCGAACCAAGAAGGAAUGGUCCGGCUUGCCUCGUAUCGCCACACAUCCGCUGGACCUGGCCGUGCUGCGGCUAGCCAACCUUGAGCGAAACAUUGAGAGACGCUAUCUGAAGGAGCCGCUCUGGAACCCAGCUGAAGUGAUGCGCCUUGCUCCUCUCACUCCGACACCUGGAGAAGAGCAUCCCAUGGAUGUCAUCAGUCUGGAAAGUGAAAUCACCUCGCGACUACGAACAUGGCGGCAGGCUCUGGAUCGUUGCCGCAGUGCUCCCCAGAUCUGUCUGUGUUUACAUCAGCUGGAAAAGGCUAUUGCUUGGGAGAGAUCUGUGACUAAAGUGACUUGCCAGGUUUGCAGGAAGGGAGACAAUGAUGAGUGCCUGUUGCUCUGUGACGGCUGUGACCGUGGCUGCCACAUGUACUGCCUGAGGCCCAAGAUCACCCAGGUGCCAGAGGGAGACUGGUUUUGUCCAACCUGUGUUGCGAAGGAGGAGGAUGAUUUAGAGCACUUGUCCAAAAAGCGCACCAGGGUGAAGAAGAGACGAUACGAAGACGACAGCUCUGAAGAUGAGACGACGACAACACGGCGAAGUGGUGGCAUGGCAACGCGGCACAAGGAGGCCGCGGCUCCUUCCUCAUCUACCCGUCACUCUGGCGAAGGAGGCGGCACGAAACGGCGCCGCAUGACGACACGCAACCAACCCGACCUCACCUUCUGCGAGAUCAUUCUGAUGGAGAUGGAGGCUCAUGCAGAUGCCUGGCCGUUCCUUGAACCCGUCAAUCCCCGACUAGUGCCGGGUUACCGCCGCAUCAUCAAGAACCCCAUGGACUUCCUCACCAUGAGAGAAAGACUUCUACAGGGAGGGUACUGCAGCUGUGAGGAGUUUGCGGCGGACGCUCAGCUGGUCUUCAACAACUGUGAGCUCUUCAACGAGGACACGUCGGAGGUGGGAAUGGCGGGACACUCCAUGAGGCGUUUCUUUGAGAGCCGCUGGGCGGAGUUCUACUCAAACAGGGACAAAUAGGAGCCUGCGACGAUCCCCCUGAUGGUGGGGCUGUAGACUGCUGGUGCUGCCACCGUCCCAGUCACAACUCUCUCCAUUACUGCUAAGAGACUGUCUGGAGGUUCUUCCAGCUAUGUGUAUUCUCUCAUGUAUAGGUAUAUAUGUAUAGAUUUUGGCUAUUUGUCUGUUAUUGUUUCCUCUACCGGCCUAAUCUUUUCUAAAGGCUCACAGCUGAACUGGCUUGAACUUGUACCCAUUCCUCAUCACAGAGAGCGAGAACACGUCUCUCUUCACUCUCCAUCUUUCGUGUCUCCUCAUCUUUCACCUCAGCACCUCAUCUCCUGUUUGCGUUCUCCUGUCAUGUCCUUUCACAAGCCCCAUGUCGUAGCGAGGCCUUUGGUCAAGCCCCGCCAUGGGCUGAUCACGCGGUCUCAGGCCCUGAGUAUUUUGGCUUUCAGACUCACACUGAAGGUCAGAGACUGAUCACGCUAGUGCAGCCUAACUGCUGCGUACUGGACCUGCUUAGCACCGCUUGACAACAAAAUGGAUCAAAACUCUUCACAGAGCUUGGGCCAUUUCUUACCUGUUCAUUGGAAAUGUAAUGUAACGUGGUCUUAUGCCUAGAAGUAAUUUUUUUGCUCAAUAUAUUUUUAUUAUAUAUUCUAUAUAUAAAUAUAUAUAAAGAUUACAAUAGCUGGGAUUAUUUAAUAGCAAUAGCUUGUAGUGAAUGUGUACAGAUUACCUUAUAGAGAUGUCUAGACGAUUUAUGAAAAGGCCAGUUAAACUAAAAGGAAUCUGUUCUUGGACUGUCACAAGUAGACGUUGUAUAACCUCCACUUAAAGUCUUGCACGCACACUUACACACUUUUCACCCAACACACACAUACACGCACACGAUUUCACACACAUACUCACCUUCUGCUGCUGUGUGAAAGACACUGGUUUCUGGAGGAUUUUUAGUGCUAAGUCAGUCAGUCUUAGAUUCUUGAAUUUCACUGUCCCUCCUGUUAAGAGCAAAUACGCAGCUAGUUGCAUCUGAUCUUUGUCAUGGAUUGUGUUCAACCAAGCAGAUGCUACUUUAGCACCUGUUAAAUGGUCUGUUUGCGAGGACACACCCUGAAGGUUUGCUCUUACACUGUAAUCGUCACUGACAGGUCUGUCCAACAUUACCGCAUGUCUGACAUGAUAAAGUCUGCAGCUUCCAGCCUGCAGCUGAGCAAUUGUUCCGUGUUUAAAGUAACACUCAUGCGUUUGUUUGUCUGUAGCUCGCCUGACCAGAUAAAAACCUCUAAAAGUGACUACAGUAGACUAAAAUCCUCUCAUUUUAAAGACUAGAAUUGUAAAGGAGCUCUGCUAAUGAAGUUACCGGGCACAUGGCUGUCCGGUUUUCUGUCUUACAUUCCUUUUAUUGAUUUGUUUUGUGCUGUACAAGGGCCAAUGUACGACGAUGCACGGCAUGGUUGGUGUGCUAUGAAGGUGACAGGAUGACUCCACAGUCUGGGUUUUAUUUAAACUUGUUUUCUUACACUGAACUCAAAUCCGUUGAUAGGAAAUAAACUUUGAUGUUCCUUAUUACACUUAAAGGGACGUGAUGUUUUUUCAAAAAAAAAAAAAAAAAAGACAUGAAAACCAAAUGUGGUGUUAAGUGAAUUUUUUAAAAUGUACAGUUUUGGUGACUUUAAAUUUGUUCCUUUAUAUUUUUAGGACCAAUUCAUCAUUUUUAAGAGGAGGUAUUACAAGACUCUGUUGUAUUAAGGUGAUGUAACACGUGUGCAUCUGUAGAAUGUACUGUGAGUUGAAUAAAAACCACAUCUAGUAGAGAGUA